CUACUGGUUCACCUGAACUGGUGUGAACCAGCUGAAUACACCACUGGUUCAAUACCUAGUGGCAUGGAAGGAUUUCCUGGGUUUUCAAAGUGAGUGGGUUGGUAAAUCUCAUGUCUUUACAUUGCUUAAAUGCUUCCACACCCAAUAUCCUAACAAACUGAAAUGACCAUAUUUUCCUUGUUUGUUUUUGCCUUUUCCUUUUGCAGAUGCAGAUCUCCUUCUUCUAGAGGGGCAGUAUGUCAGGUCCCUGUCAGAGCGUUGCCAUGCUGGACAGGAGAGGGGAGGCAUUAGAAAUAGUUUCCAUACUUUUACUUUUGCUGUAAUUGCUUGGGAGCUUGAGGGAGGAGAGGUUCAUACAAUUUCCACCGACCCUUCCUGACUGGUUUGUGCUGAGUGUUCAAGACCGCCAUGGUCCAAGGAUGUCAUCUUCUCCACCAUGCUGCCUCAAUGAAGUCAAAACACCUUUGCAGCAAAUCAUUGACUAAUUAUGGGCACUGUGUAUUUGGGUGGGGGCUGAAAGGGAAAAUUAGCUUUACGCUUUGCGCCUGAUUCUCAGACUGCCUGGCUUUUCUGCAAUCACUCUCUCUCAGUAAAAGUUCCUUUCGAAAUGUGACUCAUUUCAAGAGUUUUACUUUCUUGGGAAGGGAGUUAAGGCACACAAAAACAGGCACACAAAAAAUACAGAACCGUUUUAAGGGAAACAAUUAUUUUGGGAUGCUCUUUAUGGCAUAGAUUAUUAGAGGGACCCGCUAUCUCCUAUAACCACAGACUAUUUAGUAAGCUCAGGAAGAGUUGGCAUGUUUCAAGUGGGUUUGAUGAAAUAAUGCAGUCUAUAUUGGGACUUAGGGAACCUUCUUAUGUGUUGCAUACCUGCCCUCUGAAAAUAUUUCCCCCCUAGAGAACCAUUUAGUUCCCAUCCUGAUAAUGUUCUGCUGGUUUUCAGAAACCUGACUGUAAUGAAGAAGAGGAUAAUAUAAAGUGAAGAACAUCCACGCAUUUGCAAAUGUGGUAAAAUUAACAGUGUUUUCUACAAGUUGGCUUUUAAUUUACCACAUCCAAUCAAGUAUUUGAAACCUGACAGCUUUGCAGAAACGAAUACUAAAUAUAGAUGGCAACAACAUUCUGCUUCAGAGCUGAGCUUGUGGCUCUCAUUAACACAUUCAAGUGGAUCUGGAGAAGACAAAGAAACAACAUUGCUGAUAUAUGCAUUUUUCCAGCAUUUUAUUGUGAAAGAAAAUAUAAGAUUAAUUGAGGAUGGUUUAGUUGUAUCAUGGAGAGUUCAUCUGAAAGUGUCUUUAAAAAUUCACAUGAAGAAGGGAAACUUUAUGCUGUUGAUUCACUGAACAAUUUAAAUGAACAUAUUUCUGCAGUUCAAACUCAGCUCCCAAUGGUCUGCGAAGACAACAUAGAUAGUAAUGGGUGUCCAAUAAUGCAAAGCGGCAUAAGAUGUCAAAGCUGGUACUUUGUCACAUUAAUCAUCAUUUUAAUUGUCAGUCUGGCACUUGUUUCCUUUGUAAUAAUCUUAAUAGUACACACUGGAGAGAAGAUGGAUGAAGCUUCAAGAAAAAUAAUACUACAAAGAAGGAACAUUGACAAUCUCAAGAAAUUAAAUGACAUGAUAUUACAAUACUUCAACCAGAUAGAAACAAGAGAGGAGGAGCCUCCCAGCCAAUAUUAGUCAUAGAGAAUGGUCACCUCCGUUCCUAUGCUGCUUCUCUCCCUGUUUGUGGGUUCCUCCAAUAGGAAC